AUGAUGCUGCCAUCAUCCAUUGGAGGGCGCAACCCCUUGUUCACGCUCUUGGUGAGCGUGGGAGCUGUGUUGAUCUUCUUCUUCGCUUUCCUGGCUUGGCAGAGUCCUUCGCGCAUGCCAUUCGCACAUGGACAUGUUGAUUUAGGCCAUGCAAAUUCAAAGGCAGACGUCCCCAUCAGCGAAGUCCUACGGUUGUUGUACGACAACCUGAAGCUGUCGCCCACCGCUCCCUACAUUCGCGAUCCCGAUGGCAACCACAUCCAACUGCCACCCAAUCCCCAGUAUACCAAGAAACUAGGCAGCGAGGUCCUGAUCCUAGAUCUGGAGACGCGACCGCUCCAGUCGACCGACGACUACAAAAAGGGGGCAUUCGAGUGGCGCAAUCUUGGACACGUUUCGGGUGGUGUCUUUAACCACUACACGUACGCCCUGAUCCAUGGCUACGACUACAAGUUUGUCCAUGCCCAUGAAUUUGAAGACCGCCAUGCUACCUGGAUCAAGCCGUCUGCACUCGCAAACCACAUCAACAACUACAAGUUCAUCGUCUUCCUCGACGCCGACGCCGCCUUUCGCUUCCUGCAUGUGCCCAUCGAGUGGAUGCUGAACUACUGGGACAUCAAGUCGCAACAUUCUUUCGUCAUGGCGAAGGAUCCAUGGAGUGCUGAGGAGCCGCAGUUCAACUCGGACCGAUUUAACCGGACCCUAACCAACACGGGCUUCAUGAUGGUUCAGAAGAACGAAAACACGAUGCCGAUUCUAAAAGCAUGGCACGAAUGUCCCGACGACGUUCGCUACGCCAAUUGCUCACAGUGGAAGCAGCCGAAAUUUCACGAGCAGUCUGCUUUCGGAGAGUACAUCCGCUACGACUACGAACAGUAUAUCAAGGAACUCGAGUGUGGUGAGGCCAACGGCUUUCCUGGCGUCACUGUCAGCAAUUGCCAGGGCAAAUUUGUUCGCCACUACUGGUUUGAGAAACAAAAGGUCAAGGAAGAUUUUCAGGACAACAUAAUGAACGCCAUCACCCUUCCCAUUCAGAAGUUUUUCGCCGACAAUAUUGGCGGCAUCAUCACCGAACAGGAGCAAAACGUGAUCCGUGACUAG